AUGAGGACGCAAGGGAAAGCCAGUAGGGCGAAAAAAUGGGCUGCACAGGAGGACACAGGCACAAAUAGGACUUCGGGAGUGUACGAGAUAUGGAGCUAUCUGAGAAUUUUGAGCUUGGUGGACAUGAGGUGGUUUUGCUACGGUGACUAUAUCACUGAACCCACAUCAAACAAACACCACUUUUUGAGGCUCUACCGCAAUAUGGACACCGCCUUCCGACUCACCUUUUCCUCCCUCUUGUUGGCUGCGAUCUCCGUGGCAUCACCCCUAUCUCCUUUACCACGACUUUUUCGCCCAGAUAUUAAACAGAGGCAACCCUCGCUGCUCCUUACGGACUCUCGCUAUCCCUUCUUGCGACCACUAGCUUUCUAUCCCGCUCAGGUUUAUUUCCACCGCUACGAGCAAGCGUUGCUACAAGGAGAGUGCCUUGGAAUCUUUAGAGCCUUUCCUGGCACGUCACCCGAAAGACGGUCCACGCAGCUUCGUGCGGACGCCCACUGUCACCUCGUCGUUACAAACAUACCCUAUACGCGAAGACAUCCACCUAAGAUGGAACCCUUUCAAUUCCGAAACACCGACGGCACGCUUGGAGAUUUAGAGUUGGUCGAAGAAGAGAAGAAUCCUGCUGGAGAUACAGGACCAGAAACUCUGCCUACCGCAAGCAUUGUCUAUCCCCAACAUAUUCUUCGUUCAGCAUACGCCCAGCCGGCCUACUGCCACCUCAUGCAUCUUGAGAUGCUGGACAACACCCUACCAGCGAAUCCUCAAAUUUCUUACGCCGAAAGCCGGCUGACGCGUUCGUCUGCUUUUGAUCCUUGUCCCUCCCCAAUGACAUCUCAAGACCCGAUACAUCAGGCGUGUCGCCGGCACUCACGGCUGCAAUUCCUACGACCUGACAACCUAACACUGGACGAGGACGAGGGGUCAGACGCCGAUAGUCAGGACGCUGCCCAGCAGCAGCUGGAGAAGAUGCCGCCCAUUGGUAGCAUCAGCAAAGCUCUUGUGCGACAAGACUCGUCCAACCUGCGAUAG